UUUAAGGUGGGAGGCUGCCUCUUGGGUAAUUUACGUCCCCGCGAGCCUGUGUCGACCUUGGAUGCAACAAUCUGCGAGCCCCAAGGCUGUCCGAUCAAUGUGCUGUGUGGAAACGAGCCAAAGCGCGUGUUGGUCACUUUCCCUUCGUCAUAACCAAGGUUUUCGUCAUCGUGAGUCUUGAGCACCGUGGGCAUCAGCAGAUUUCGCCGCAAAUGGAGCAUGGCCAAAGAAUCUGCCCUGGCCGUGGAGCCUGGAGUAAGGAAUGGCGACGGCAUGGCGAGGUGAACACCUGUGAAGUAGAGAAGACAAUAUCCUAAACGAUUUCCAAAAAUAUAUGUACCUAUAGGAAAAAGGAAGACCCAGUUCAAGCUAGUAGUUAUCUUCGUAUCGCAUUAUGCUGGCUGGAUUUGGCCAAAUAGGGUUUAGGGCAAGAACUUCUCCUUCCAACUCCCCGCAUCGCAGAAGAACCAUGCAGGAAACAUCCGCAGCCUGACGCCUCUGCCCCCCCUCGUCCACCCCUCGUCCACCCCUCGUCUCCCUUCUCUUUUUACAUCCUCUUCUCUUCCUCUUGUUCUCCCAUGUCUGUCUCUCAUUUAUGAGGCCCUUCUUCCGCGCCGGUUGCUUAUCCAGCCACUUUGACUUAGCCAAAACGCGCCCUGCCCUUUUCCGCCCCUGCAGCAGCUCCAUCCCAGUCACAACCAUGUCGACAGCUCGCGAGCAACCGCCGUGGAACCAGCCUAAGCCGCAUCCUGAAUCCGCUUCACGUCUGCCUCCCUUGAAGAUUUACAAUUCUCUUACCAGAUCGAAAGUCCCAUUCGUUCCUCUUGACCCCAGUGGCCGAACGGUUACUUGGUAUGCAUGCGGUCCGACCGUCUACGACGAUGCGCAUCUAGGCCAUGCCAGAAACUAUGUCAGCAAUGAUAUUCUACGGCGAAUAAUGCGCGAUUAUUUCAAGUUCGAUGUCAAGUUUAUUAUGAAUAUCACGGAUGUGGAUGAUAAGAUUAUUUCAAGAGGCCGACAACAGCAUUUCUUUACCGAAUUCGUAUAUUCCCACCCUACGGUUGAUGAUAAAGUUAUUGAGAUAGCUCUCUCGGCGUAUUCCGCUUAUCUGGAGAAGAAGCUUCCACUGCUCGAGGCUGGACUAGCUCCGGAGCGCUAUCAGGACGAGGUGGAGAAGGUAUACGCUACCAUCUUGAAUGGUGGAGCUCUUGAUGGCAAUGGAAAGCCUGGAGACGACGAAGCAAAAUUGAAAAUGCACAUAAAAACCGCGUCUUCUGCCGCGAAUGCGCUCGCAAAAGUAUCAUCCGCGGAGGAGAGUAUCUUGAGUGAAACAUUCUACAACGAUGUCAAGGAUGUGCUACUAGAAUAUCUUGAUUCAGUUCAUGGAUCUUCGAUACGCGGGGAGGACCGUUUGAUCUUCACAAAAUUAGCGAAGAAGUAUGAGGCGCGUUUCAUGCAGGAUGUCCGGGAUUUAAAUGUCCUAGACCCUGACGCCAUUACCCGAGUGACGGAGUAUAUGCCGGAGAUCGUGAGCUUUGUCGAGAGGAUUAUCGAUCAUAAAUUCGGCUAUGUCACUUCUGAUGGGUCUGUUUAUUUUGACAUUACGGCUUUUGAGGCUUCAGGGAAUAGUUAUGCUAGAUUGGAGCCCUGGAAUCGGAAUGAUACGAAACUUCAGGCGGAGGGAGAAGGCGCCUUAACAAAAAAGACAACAGAAAAACGUUCUGCUGCAGAUUUCGCUCUUUGGAAGGCCUCUAAAGCGGGUGAACCUAGCUGGCCGAGCCCCUGGGGUGAUGGCCGCCCUGGCUGGCAUAUUGAAUGCUCAGCCAUGGCAUCGGCCAAGCUUGGGAAGCAGAUGGAUAUCCAUUCCGGUGGAAUUGAUCUGGCAUUUCCACAUCACGACAAUGAGCUGGCUCAAAGUGAAGCUUACUGGCAUGAAACAUGCGCUGACCACCACUGGGUGAACUACUUCCUGCACAUGGGACACCUUUCUAUUCAGGGGUCGAAGAUGUCGAAAUCACUCAAGAACUUCACUACUAUCCGGGAGGCUCUUGAUAAAGGUGACUGGACCCCUAGAAGCCUUCGCAUUGUUUUCCUAUUAGGUGGAUGGAAGGAUGGAAUCGAAAUCACAGAGGAUCUCGUGAAGGCUGGAAAUGCCUGGGAAGAGAAAACCAACAACUUUUUCAUCAAAGCUAAAGAUGCAGUGGCACAACAAGACGUUACGCCAGGCUCAAAAGAAAACACUUUCGCCGUCGCGCUUAAGUCCGCACAGGAUGCUGUUCAUCAGAGCUUGUGUGAUUCGUUUAAUACUGCCGGUGCGAUGUAUGCGAUAUCGGAACUUAUAUCCAAAUACAACAUCGCUGAUAAAUCCACGUUAGCAAUCAAGGAUGUACAGGAAGCUGCAACCUGGGUAACAUCAAUGGUCAACAUUUUCGGUCUCAACGGUAGCGCAUCACCGACCACAAGUGAAAUUGGCUGGUCGGGCAUUGAUAUUCCAGAUGCUGCAAAACCAUAUCUCUACCCUCUGUCUACAAUGCGGGAUUCUCUUCGAGAAGUUGCCAGAGCCAAAGACGGAAUAUCAGAGGAGACCAUAAAAGGUAUUGUUGAGAAAGGAACUGCAGCAAUCCAACAACCAUCUGAGGUGCCUGAGGUAGAAGCGGGGGUAUACAAAAAUCUCCUCUCGGAUUUCUGCGCAAAAGUCUCCUCCCUCGAGCAGACGAGCUCCAUUUCGAAGGAAAUCCUUACCCUUUGCGACCGCGUCCGUGACAUAGACCUAUUUGAUCUCGGAGUCUACCUCGAAGACCGCGAUAACCAGCCCGCCCUAGUUCGCCCUCUCACCAGGGAAUUGAUCCAAGCGCGUGAAGAGAAAGCUGCUCGGGCACACCAAAAGCAGAUAGAGAAAGAAAAUAAAGAAAAGGAGACACUAAAGAGAGCUGAGAAGGGUAAAACCAGUCACCUCGAGUUAUUCCGGACCAGUGAGUUUAGUGCUUGGGACGAGGACGGGUUGCCCACUAGAGACGCAGCUGGGGAAGAAAUCACAAAGAGCAGAAGCAAAAAAUUGAGGAAGGAUUGGGAAAGACAGAAAAAGGCACAUGAAGCAUGGUUAGCAAGCAAUAAAGCGAAUGUUUCUUAGAUAGAAAAUGUCAUCAGUUUUAGUUUUCAGGAUUUCGUCGGCUUAGCAUUAAACUAUUUCGGGGGCUUUUUAAAUUCUAUCUUUCACUUUCUCGAAGUUAUGCAAGAUUGAUUUGAAAAACUCAUUUU